AUGGUGCUGGACCUAUCCCACUUCAAUAAGUUCAUUACGGUGCCCAAGUGCAAGUUUGAGGACUUAGGAAAAAUUCUACAUGUACUUCCUUUUCGGGGUUACAUGGCAACCUUCGACCUCAAGUCGGGGUACCACCACGUCAAAGUUUGUGACGAUCACCUACAAUACCUUGGGUUCAAGUGGCAAGGAGAGAUUUAUCAAUUCUUGUGCCUUCCUUUUGGCCUCUCGUCCGCGCCACAUAUUUUCACAAAGCUUCUUCGUCCCUUUGUCAAAAAGUGGAGAUCACUUGGCUUGGACGCCGCUAUAUAUCUAGAUGAUGGAUUAAUAUUCGGACCUUCCAGCUCAUCCUGCUCUCAUGCAGUCGACGCCGUUAGAGCCGAUCUCACUAAGGCAGGAUUCUUCUUCGCUGAAGAGAAGUGCAGCUGGACCCCGGCACAAAAAUCAAGCUGGUUAGGUUUCAUUAUUGAUUUGAAUGAGAUGACUAUAGAACUAUCAGAAGACAGGCUAGUUAGGGCAAGAGAUAAACUGCGUGUAUUUUCUCACGUUCGGCCGUCCUUGCAUGACAGGUUAAGCUGGUCGGGAACCCUAGCUUUUAUGCAUCUUAUCCUAAGUGAUGUAGAUAAACGGAACACUAUGGCCGUUGCAAGGGAGGCACAGGCCCAGAACUGGGGACUAGGCCGCAAGUGGCCGAAAUCUACACACGAAUGUCGAGAAAUUCGUUACUGGUUGUCUAGAUUAAGAGCGCCCCCGUCUCGAUCUCUCACGCCUUCUCGGGUAGACCUUGACUUCGACAAAAUUCUACAGGUAGACGCGUCUGCUCAUUCGGUGGGAGCUAUACUGGCAGAUGCGCACGGAUUGCAGUUAGGCAAGUCUUAUAGGGAACUUCCUAUGCACCUGCUAGCGCAAUCUAGUACGGCUAGAGAACUUUUUGCAAUGGGAUAUGGCUUAGAUACCUUCCAUAGUCAAGUUCAGUCUAGGGUACUCAUCUACACCGAUAGUCAAGCUGCGGCUAUUAUAUCCAAGAAAGUUUUCCUUGCCCCAACACAGCUGGAGUCGACGCAUUCGAUUAGUCAUCGGCUUGGACGGAAGGUCUCCUAUGCACCACGCUUCUCCGAGGGAGCAGCCCUGACAGCCAUGGCGAACCGACUAGGCCUGAGGACUAUCGGCUCAGUCAGUGAUCUCCAACGCGUUGCAGACGGAUAG